AUGAAAAAGCCACCAAGAUGUGAUAUUUGUGGGAAGGUUUUCUCUCGCCGGGACAACAUGGAGAGACACAAAAAUCGCCACCUUCAUCGGGAAGUUUACCCCUGUGACCUGUGCGGCCGCCCCUUCUCUCAAAAGUCGUACCUGAAGUUGCACAAAAGAAUCCAUAGUGGAGAGCGGCCAUUUGGCUGCAAUAUCUGCGGACAUGCAUUUUCACGUAACGACCAUCUAGUAAUCCAUAUUCGUGGACACCAAGGACUAAAACUUUUCAAAUGUGAGGUGUGUGGCAAGUCUUUCUCUCGGCGUUCAUAUCUGACUGUCCAUGAGCGGAUCCACACUGGUAAACGGCCCUACCGAUGCCAUGUGUGCGGCUGUGCCUUCUACCGUGGAGACCACCUUGUACGGCACAGACGGAAACAGCAUGGCGAGGAACCAGUGCCUGCUACAACGACUAUGUAUGUGACCACUGCAACUACAGCUGCAGAUGGGACGCAAACAAUUUAUGCACAGACAAAUCCCCAGCUAGAAACUCAUCUACAGCCUGUAAAUAUCCAAGUGCAGAUAGAUGGCCAAGAGCUCAAAUGUAAUGAUUUUAUCAUCAGUAACAUCACCAGCGGUAAUAACGUUGAACAAGUUACCACCGAUGGUGUGAUUCAGGCCAGCUGCAGCGGAUGUAACAGUGGUUGCACUGGUAUCAACUGUUGUGAUGAGCAGGAGCAGCAGCAGGUUUUGGCUGUUGCUGGAGCCGUGGCAAAGAUUGAGGAGCAGCAGGAACCUCCAAAGGUUUUUGACAAUGCCUUACCUUCUAACAUAGUGGUAAUGCAACCAGCAGAUGUGAGUAGGUUGGUAGUUCAACAAACUCCACCUCAGCCCACGCCACCAGCAACACUGCCAUUCAAGUGUGACUAUUGUGGUAAAACGUUCUCACGCAGGGACAAUCUGGAGAGGCAUAAGACCACCCACCUUGACGAGAAGCUCUUCAAGUGCAGUGUAUGCAGUAAAGCAUUCUCUCGAAAGUCUUACUUGACAGUACAUCAACGCAUUCACACUGGUGAGCGACCAUUUAAAUGUGAUACCUGUGGACAUACAUUUUCAAGGAAAGACCACUUGCUGAAACACCAGCGGACAAAAGAAGGGGAACGGAAAUUGAACUGUGCUGGAAGUACCUCACAACAACAACAACAACAGCAGCAGCAGCAGUUGCAGCAGCAGCUGCAACAGCAACAACUACAGCAACCUCAAACCCAAUUGGUUACCCUGACAGCAAAAGAUAUAGCUGUAACCAACCAGCCGACAAUGAUAACCCUUUCACACCCGGCUGGUAUUACUACAGACAACAAUAAUAUUGCUGUGGCAACCCAUCAUGGGGUUGCAGCCCCCAAAACGCAGGUGUAUCACACUAUAGCAAAGAUGGGGCCUGGUACUGCCACAGCUGUGCCUGUAUUUCCAACAACCAUUGAAAUAUCACCAGCAACAACACAGAUCUUUCCAACAAUACAGAUGUAUACAACUGCACAACUAAAUGUUCCACAGGCAAGAGCAAGAGACACUUCCUGGUGA